AUGGGCGGCGGAAACGAUAAUCCGGUGAAGAUCGUCAUAAUCAACACGCAGUACGUGGAGACCGACGCCGGAAGCUUCAAAUCGGUGGUGCAGAGGCUCACCGGAAAGGAGACCGUUCAAUCGCCGGCGCCGGCGCCGGAGCUGCGGCGGGGAAUGUCGUUCAAGGAACUCGAUCGGAUACUGUCGGAGAUGCCUCCGCUCGAUGAAUUACGCAGGCUUUUGUGGUAA